GAGAAGAAUAAAGAUAACCAAAAAUCGGUAAAACCCAUACUUAACAUCUAAAGUGAAUUUCACCUGCACGCGAAUCCGAUUCAUUCUCGUUUCUCAUUCCAGAGGAGAAUUUAAUUCUACACGAUUUUCCAUCUACUCGUCUCCAUCAAUUUGGGGAUUUUGUUGUAUUGUGUUGUGUGCUCGAACAAAAUCUUAAUUUCUGAAUUUUCUUAUAGAAGAGGAUAGAAUUCCAAUCCGAUGGGGGCACUGAUGUCUAAGUUUUGGUUCAUGUUGUUUCCGGCGACGGAGUACAAGAUCGUGGUAGUUGGCCUGGACAACGCCGGCAAAACGACGACGCUUUACAAGCUCCAUUUGGGGGAAGUUGUGACCACGCACCCCACCAUUGGCAGCAAUGUUGAGGAGCUUGUCUAUAAGAAUAUUCGAUUCGAGGUUUGGGAUCUCGGCGGGCAAGACAGACUAAGAACAUCGUGGGCAACUUAUUAUCGAGGGACACACGCCGUCAUAGUAGUGAUAGACAGCACUGACCGGGCUAGGAUCUCCGUAAUGAAAGACGAGCUAUUCAACUUGCUCCCCCACGAGGAUCUCCAAAAUGCAGUGGUACUCGUCUUUGCCAACAAACAGGACCUAAAUGGCGCAAUGGCGCCCGCCGAGAUAACUGAUGCACUAUCCCUACACAGCAUCAAGAACCAUGAUUGGCACAUCCAAGCCUGCUCGGCGCUCACCGGAGAAGGCCUGUACGAUGGCUUGGGCUGGAUCGCCGAGCGAGUUUCCGGCAAGGCGCCGAGUUAAUUAGAACCUGUGGCAUUGGAAAAGAGCAUUCGAUUCACCACUAAUAUAUCACCUGAGAAUUUUCUUGAGCUUAAUUAUGUUGUAUUUUUGCUUUUAUUUGUUGAAAUGAGGGAGGCUUUCAUUUCAGCUGUUUUAUGCACAAUUUGGGACAUGAAGUGCUUAGAGACACCUGAAGUAUGUAUCAUUGCUGGUGCAUAAAAUCUUUGAAAUUGUACAGAUUCCUCUGAAGUCGCGCU